AUGGCCCUCUCUGCGGCACCAGUCAAGCCCAAAGGACCCCUCCCAGGCCUUCGCAUGCUCCAUGUACUCGUCACCGGCUUCCUCUCGGUAGCCAUCAUUGGCAUCUCGGUCAAAGCCUCAGACGUCCUCAGAAGAAACCGAUGGACAUGUUAUCGAAGACCAGACCUCUAUCCUGACCUCGACUGUCCCCUCCCAACCAUCGCAUUCGCGCGCUACAUACCCUUCCUCACCAUCGCGGCCGGCGGCGUUCUGGUCUGUUUUAUCAACCUCCUCCGACAUUGCAUGUUCCAGUUCCGCACAUCUUCAAAAUGGAUCCUCGCGGAGUCUGUGGCAGGACUCCUUGGAUGGACAGCCGUCGCAAUCGCAACAGGGGUCGAAAACUUCAGGGAAGGCGGAAGAGAGGAGAGGGAGAUUGGGCAGAAAUGCACCGCACAUUACCUGUAUUAUCAUCAACCGGAGCGGGGGUCAAGGGGUCACUUUGUCUACUGCGUAGCGCAAGACCUCACAUGGGCGCUUACUUGUGCCGUAGCGCUAAACUACCUGUGGGGAUUAGGGCUGUGGUAUUUGACUCGGCGAGAGGAAAAAAGAAGGGAGAGGUUCACGGCUGGGGUCUACGCACUCAACCUGAUGUAUGACCAGGAUCUCAGCAGUAUCUCAUUUCGCGCUGUCACGCACCCCGAGAUGGCCAGCAGUUACUCCUUCCUGUCCAAAGCCUGUCAUAUCUGUCUCGUUCCCAUCAUCGCUUGUCAAGCGACUGUUCUGGCUUCGACAAUCUACGUCUCUCAAGACUCGCCAUUCUGCAACACCCUCUGCGUCGUCUACCUGUUCCCCUUCCUUCUCAUCUCUCCGUGUGGCAUCAUCACCUCUCUCAUCAACAUCGGCGGUUGUUUAAGCCAUCGCAACACUGCACCAUGGCGGCGAUGGACAAUCAUCGAAGCGUGUUUAGGACUCCUGGCAUGGGCAGCGCUAGCCGGGUAUUCGGGCUGGCUUGCCGACAUCGGAGACAGAUCAGAGUGCACCGGACAUUUGGAAGAUCCAUCUGAGCCUCGCGCCAGGCUACCGACAUUCUUCAGCGCUUGCGUGUGGGGAAAGUUAUUGUGGGCUAGUUGUCUCGUAGCAGCCAUAGGUUACCUGGCGAGGAUCGGUCUGUUUAUCGCUGCUGCGACGAAAAGAAGGUCGGGCUAA